ACGAAACCAGAUCCCGCCAGAUCUGAUGGACGAGGAUAACGACGUUGACAAGGAGUCGUGCCGUCACGACGUUGUGGUGUUUGGCAUGUGUGCCGCCUGCGGGAGCCGUAUGGCGCCCCUCUCGCCAAAGAAAUCGGCCACAUCAGCCAAGGAGAUGGCCACACACAGCCAGGCCAUGGCUGCCGAGCCGUCCGGCGCCUCCUCUGCUACGGGCGAUGGGAAGGCUCACGUGGCUGCGGGGUUUGUGUCGUCCAAGAAGGCGCUCAAGGUCUCCAACCAUGUGCGUGUGUAGGCGGGACAGAGGCCUGCAGGGAGCACACGCACCAAGCAAGAGCGAGAAAGACUGUGAGGAAGGAGGUCAUACCAAGCGUUGAUCGCUUGUGUGUGUCUGUCGUGGUUGUGUUCCGUCUGUUUGUCAGGUGGCAUUGCGUCUUGAGCGAGAGCGCCUGUUCGAGCUGCUGACAGAGAAGCGCCUCUGCAUGGUCAGCCAGGCAGCCACUCAGUCACUGUGACUCGGUUUGAUGGCCUGUUCGUUCGUUGAUGUGUGCAGGUGUUGGAUCUGGACAACACGCUGGUGCACUGUGUGGGGUGCAGCAUCCCCACACCCGUCCUCACCUUCCCAUCUAAGACGGCAAGGGACCGGCACCUACACAAGCUCAGACAACAGAUGGCCUCAACCGCCACCCAGCCGACGGCCAGUGGGUCGGCGGAGGGGAGGGUGAGAGUGGGGAGUGUGGAUGAGCGGCUUGAGGCCGUCAUGGAGUCGGCCAUACACAUGAUACGCACCGAUGCCCCGCCGGGUACGUUACGUACGCAGGGGAGGAAGCGCCGCGCCGUGUACGGGACGGGCUCAUUUCCCUCAUGGCUUUUCUCUUUCUGUGCGUCUCUCUGGUGUGUGCUGUGCAGGAUAUCCCGACUCCGCGGGCAUUCCGUUGUAUCUGAAGCUGCGUCCCGGUCUGCAUCGGUUCCUGCAGGAGGCGUCCCUCCUGUUCGAGCUGUACCUCUUCACGCAGGGCACGGCAGACUACGCCGCUAAGGCAAGCCAACAGCAAGCCGCCAAACGAACCACACCACACCACACCACACCACAGUGUGUUCCAUCACGCGGACACAUGCUGGCUGCAGGCGCUGGACAUAUUCGACCCGGAUCGGCGUCUGUUUGGCCAGCGAGUCUUCACCAGGUGAUUGAUUGAUGGACCUACACCGACCCAUGCGUCGGUCUGAUCUGACCGACCCACAUUGACUGACUGACAAUGGGUUACCCUACCCGUAUGUAUGUGUAUGUGUGGGUGUCAGGGACCACACGAGUGCAUUGGGUGGCAAGUCGAUCGACCGCAUCUUCCCUUACACCAAGAAGACGGUGGUGGUCGUCGACGACAGGGAGGACGUCUGGCCAAAGCGCACUCCCAUCAUACGGGUGGGUUGGGUGGGUGGGUGUGGUGUGGUGUGGUGUGUUGUGGUGUGGUGUCCUGUCUGCAUCUCCCUCUCUCUUAUUGGUCAGGUGUUUCCGUAUCUCGUGCUCAUGCCGCUCAUCAAUGGAAGUAAGUACGUAUGCAUAAGUGACAGACACCUAUCGAUAGAUCGACACACAGACAGACAUGAUCACCUGGGUGACACAUACAUAUAUUCUCCACCCCAUCCGUCAGACCGUACGUCGCUACCCGUGAUCGCUCCCCCCUCACCGUCCCUCGCACCGCCCCCCACCCCUACCGAUGAGGCACCAUCAGCCAAGCGCUCCCGUGGCCGCGACGACACCAAUGGCGUCUCACAGCCAACAACACCACCACCACAACCAGCAGUUGCUGCCGUUCCCUCGACCCCGCCCCCAGGCGUCCCUCUCACCAAUGGCGUGGUGGAUGCGGCCAAUGAUCAUCCACCCCCGGCCAAGAAAGCGCGACGUGAGGAGGAGGGGGGAGGUGGGGGUAGCGAGGCUGGCCCGGCUGCCGCUUCGGCUGGUGCCGCUGCUAGUGGUGGUGGUGAUGAUGUGUAUGAUGAGAGGGACGUAUGGCAGGGGCCUUCGCUUGAGGAUGUGGACCACCAGCUGCCGGCGCUAAUGCACAUUCUCCGCACCGUCCACGACAUCUUCUUCAGGCUGGUCAGCUCAGCCAGACGGCUGUGUGAGUGUCUGUCUAUGUGGGCGUUGAUGUGCGUCUGGCGUGGCGUGUCAGAUCGAGCGUGGCGGAGGUUUUGCGUCUCUGCACGGCGAGUCGGCGGAGACCCUCGACAUCGGUGCCAUCCCAGACCUGGAGGAGAUAGUCAAAGAGCAAAAGGCACUCACACUCAACGGUCCGUGGGCAACGGAGGGAACUUGAUGGAUGGAUGGAUGGACGGAUGGGUUCAUGCAUAAUUAAUGUUGGGCUGUGUCUCAUUGAUUCGUUGUGUUGUUCAGGUGUGGUGAUGACGACCACGGGCAUGACCAACGCCUCACAGCCGGUUUUCCAGACCACUGUGCUCGGAAGGUGAGACCGCACGGAGGCCCAAUUUGGGGUUGUGGAUGGAUGGAGCCUCUGCAUGUAGAGACCUGUCUAUGCCUAUGUAUGUGUGUGUGGUGGUCAGGCUGGCCGACCAGGCGGGGGCACAAGUGGAGGUGGGCAACCAAGGGGAGCUAGCUGUGCAUCCAGCAUCUUAUCUUGUGCUAUCUAUGUGAAAACAAAACUUCAGGAUCACCUGUCGCCACGCACCACACACCUGGUGGCCGCUCGGAGAAGUAAGACCCGCUCACACACACACACACACACACAGGGAUAGAGAGAGAGAGAGGGGGAGGUACGAAGGGUCCUAUCCACACACACCGCUCUCCUUGUCUGUGUGGUCAGACACGAGGAAGUACUACGAUUCUCAGCGGGAGAAAUCGCACCACAUCGUGAGUCUAGUCUCCAUCCAUCCAAUCCAUCCAUCCCAUUCGCACACGCCGUUUGUGUGAGAACCAACAUCUCUUGUGUCUUUUUGUGCUGUCGGCUCACCCACUCACACAAUCAGGUGCACGAUUGGUGGCUCCAGCGGUGCCUCUACACAUGGACGUACGCCAACAAACACACACACACACACACGCUCAGUACGGCAUGCGCCCAUUGCCGUGUUUCUGUCAGGCGUGUGUGCGAGCGGGCCUUCCCAGCCGACAUCGGCCAGAAGUGCUUCAGCCAGCGCUACCCAGAACUGGCAAAGGCAGAGAAACAACAACAGCAGCAGCAGCAUAGCAGCGCCCCCACCAUCACCGUCACCAUGCCCCCCACUGCCAGCAAGAAGCCAAGCGCCCCCGAGCCACCACAACCCCAGCCAGGAGUGAAGAAGGAGAAGGCAAAGGAGCCGAGCAAGACCCCCGGUCCGUCCAAGGGCACGGUCAAGGGUCGCAGCGACUUUGUGGUGCCGUCUGAGCUGACCCCCUACCUCAACGCAUGGACUGUCGACCUGCCGGCGAUGCCCUUGCCGUCCCUCGACAUCGACGCGGCGUUCCCCAGGGCUGCGGGCGGGGAAGGGGAGCAGCAGCCCCAGGGGGGAGAGGGAGAGGGCGACAUGCAGGACGAGAAUGGCGAAAAUGGAGACGAUCUGGUAGGAGUGGGGAGAGGGGACGUACAUUCGAUGUCCGUACAGGGUGUGUGUGUGUGUGUGUGUGUGGCGUUGCUUGCGUCCACCCUCUGUCAGGUGGACAUGUUGGAGGCCGAGCUAUUCGAGGGAUAGAUCGAUUGGUUGAUAGGGAGGUCGCAGGCUAGUCUGAAUUCGAAGACCGGGCGCGGCGCGGUGGUGUUGAUGCGGCCGGCUGUAGGGAUGGAUGGAUGGAUCCACUCUCUGUAGACGGAAGGUCAGUCAGUCAGUCAGUCAAUCACACACGAGACAGAUCAGAUCCACAGAUCAGAGAAGCUGAGGACGGGACGAUGGGGGCUGGGCUGACAGAAAGGCAGAAGGACAGGCACACGUGCUCUCCAUGCGCCUUUGUAUGUAUGGGCCUGCCUGGCCUGCACCGUUUUUGUGUGACUUGAAUGAGAAUGACUUAGUCACUGAGUGCGUGUCGAUGGCUUGUGGGUGCGGUUCGGGGCGGUGGACGCACCGACCGACCUGUGUGUUGAUUGACUGACUCAUGUCAUGGGGGCCUUUUGGUAUGUAGGUCGUACACACAACACAACAUGCGAUGCGAUGGAUGCGUUAUCUUUGCAUGUCCGUGUAUGUGUUGUGUUGUGCUUGGUGCUGUUCGUCGCGCGCACGAUGGACAGCGAGUCUUGUAUACAGACAGCCCUGACGAUU